CUACUGCCCGAUCAAUCCAUCAACCAGCCAUUCCAAUCCAUCACCAUCCACCAAGCUCAGCUCAGCUCAGCUACCACACUUCACUCGGUAGCAGCUAGUGAGGAAGAAAGAUCGUUGGAGCGCAAGAUGAGGGCGGCGGCGCUCGGCAUUGUGGCCAUGGCCUGCCUUGUGGCGGUGGCGCGGGGCGGCAACUUCAUCCAGGACUCCGAGAUGACCUGGGGGGACGGCCGCGGGAAGGUCGUCGACGGCGGCCGCGGGCUCGACCUCACGCUCGACAAGACCUCCGGCUCCGGCUUCCAGUCCAAGAGCGAGUACCUGUUUGGUAAGAUUGAUAUGCAGAUCAAGCUCGUCCCCGGCAACUCCGCCGGCACCGUCACCACCUUCUACCUGUCGUCGCAGGGGACGGCGCACGACGAGAUCGACUUCGAGUUCCUGGGCAACGUGACCGGCGAGCCCUACACGCUGCACACCAACGUGUUCGCGCAGGGGCAGGGGCAGCGGGAGCAGCAGUUCCGCCUCUGGUUCGACCCCACCAAGGCCUUCCACACCUACUCCAUCAUCUGGAACCCGCAGCACGUCAUAUUCGCGGUGGACGGCACGGCGAUCAGGGACUUCAAGAACCACGAGGCGCGCGGCGUGUCCUUCCCCAAGAGCCAGCCGAUGCGGCUGUACGCGAGCCUGUGGGACGCCGCCGACUCG